UUGGGAUGCAUGAGAAGUUCUAAGGUGUUGCACCUUGGAAGUUCAGCCAUGAAGAGAGCGUCCAAGUGAUUCAGUACUUGAGUGGCGUGCAGAGUGUUCAAGUGUGGUGAGAUGCGGUGGUUUGUGGCGUUGUGUAUUUCCUGGACAUUGGUUGUGUGUGGAGUGUGGGGCGACACAAAGUGCCAUCCUGUCUUCAUUGGGGGCAUCAUGAAGUACAUUGAGUGCCAGAAUGUUGUCUCCAUUGAUGAGGUUCUUGCGGAAUUGCAGCCCGAAUGGGUGAGCGUGACUGUUGUCAAUUCCCCCACGGAGAUCUUCUCAAUGGUGGGGGAGGUGCUGUCCAAGAACAGCCUGAUCAACAUUGAGGACAUCGACUUAUCCAAUAGUGGCACACUCGACAUCCGCGAACCCUACUUCCGGGAAUACCUCAAUCUCAAUCGUCUCAACAUCUCAUCGACGAAGGUAUUGAAUCUCGGACCCAACUGGUUUGGGCGUCUCAACUUCCUCGAACGUCUCGAUGCGAGCAGCAAUAAGAUCUCAGAAAUUACAAGAUCCUACUUUGUCAACACGACCAAACUCCAGCGGCUCUGGCUGCAGAAUAAUGAGAUUAAGCUCAUUGAAUUGGAUUCAUUCAAAGAUCUGCGUCGUCUGGAAUUCCUCGAUUUGAGCUACAAUCGCCUAACGCGCGGAGAACUAGGGGCAAUCCCGGCGCUCAAGAAGCUCCUGGCAAAGAAGAAUCUCAUCACAACACUCACCCCCAAUGCAUUCCUCAAAAUGCCCGAACUGGAGUACAUUGAUCUAUCAGCAAAUAUUAUAACGAGUCUCCGAGAGAAGACCUUCACGGGCUUGGCCAACCUCAGGGAGAUCAAUUUAUCCGACAACGCCAUAAAUGAGCUUCUCUCCUUCACUUUCUACGGCCUAGCCAAUGCUCGUAUAGCUAAAAUUGACAUCAGUCGCAAUCACAUUCAUUCAAUCCAUCGGGAUGCCUUCGAAGGACUUGGGCUGCUCAUGAAUCUCGAUCUCUCCCAAAAUACCCUCACGGAACUCGAUGAUUUCACCUUCUUCGGCAUGGCGGCGCUGAAGGAUCUCAAUCUCUCCGGCAAUCGUAUCAAUGAAAUCCGCAGCAAUGCCUUUGCAACGCUCCCCUCGCUGGAGAUCCUGGACUUGACGCACAAUGCCCUAGACACCAUCAAGUCAGACAUCUUCGGGAAGACAGGAGCAAAUCUCAAGAAGCUGCUGCUGAAGAACAAUCAACUCGUUCAAAUUAACGGAAAUGCUUUCCGGACGCUCAUUAGCCUCGAAAUUCUCAAUCUCGACUUCAAUCGCUUGCAAUUCUUCGAGGAGAAUGUUUUCCGGACUCUCCGUCGUCUGCGCGUCCUGCACAUCAACAACAAUGGGAUUGAGUACCUUUCAGGAUCGCAUUUUGACAAUUUACUCGACUUGAGUGAGCUCUACAUGCACAGCAAUCGAAUCUCCUACUUUCCCAACUCUACGAAUACCUUUCCCAGGCUCUCAAAAAUAACAGCGGAAGACAACCCGUGGCAGUGCGUGUGCCUCAAUCGCUUCCUCAAUUGGGCAUCAAUGCGUGGCAUUCACUACGUCAAGGAGAAGUACAACGGGAAGCGUCCAGUGUGUGUUGCCGUCAUUUCAGGAUGCGUUCACGAUAUUGCCUUAGUGCGUGAGAAGGAAGUCGUUAAAAUAUACGAAGAAGCUCUCUUUCAGUAUUUAAGGACAACGUACACAGGAGGAGAAUAGCACAGAGCUAAGAAAAUGAAGAACUGAAGAACAAUAUAUACAUUUUGCAUUUAAUUUUCCCUUUUGUAGGUAUUAAAUAAAUCAAAAUUUUAAUUUUAGGGGCUAAAUCGUAAAUUUAUGAGUCUGAAUUUAAGAGUUUUGGUUGAGAUUUUUUUUUAAUUUCAGUUAAUUUUGUUUUCUCUAAAAGUGAUUAAAUUUAAAUCUAUAAAAAUGUCUGAAAAUAAAGUCUGAUUAAACUUUUUUAAAAGCAGCCAAUUUUAUAUUCUUUGAGCACUCUGAAGAUUAAAAAUUUUCAAGGGGUGUUUAUCUGGCGAUAUAUUCGCAAGUUUAUUCCGAAUGUUUUUUAAAAAUCUUAUUCAGUUUCUUUUUAAAACUUUUCUUGUAUUUUUUCAGGUUUAAAAUGUUUAAAAAGAAUGGAAUGAGUUUCAUUAAAUUUUAUGGCAUUUUACGUUCAUUUAACAAAGGACAGAACUGGUAAUCGCUGCCCUCGCUGCCAGGUUUUUUUAUUUUUUAAAUCGUAACAAUAUAAAAUCUAUCGAACUUACUGUGAUAAAUUCGAUAAAUUUUACAUCAAUGGGCUAGAACACCUCAAUUAUUUCAAACUGAUUGAAAGAAAAUUCGUAAAAAUGUUUUUUUAAGAGGAAAUUAAGAUCAAAAUUUGAAGUUAGAAUUUUUCAUCAUAUAGUUUAGUAAAACUUACUUUAAACUGCGAUUUAUUCUUUUAAACCGUAUUUCAUUCGCUCCAAUCGUAUUUCAUUCAUUUAGACUCCGUUUAGUAAGCAUUUAAACUUCAUUUUGCUUGUUGUAAUUGCAUUUUUAAUGCUUUUACUUUAUUUUUCAAGAUUUUAUGCAAUUUUGCACUAUUUGGGCUUCUUAAUGCAUUUGUUCUUUUCUUUAAUUAUCUAAUUCUAUUUUAUAAUAAUUAUUCUCAAAUUAUUCCGAAUCUUUCUGAAUAUUUUUUAUUCAGAUACAUACCCCUUGGAAUUUUUUCUUCAGAGGAAGAUUAAAAAUUUAAAACAACAAUUAGUUAUUAUAAUAUUGCUGAUUAGAAGAAAUAAACUAAUAAAAGAAUUUAACUUCUAUUGCAAAACGAAAAUA